UAAGAAACAAACAACAUUGCAAACAACCAACAAACAACGUUAAGGUGCUGUAAAUUGAGGCUGACUUGUAAGAUUGUGAAGAUGAAUCCAUGUCAUGCAAAUUGGUAUUGUCUGAAGCUUGAACUUGCUUCUAUGGACCAGUUGAAUCUGACCUAAAUGGGUCCAUUCCAUACUACUCAAGCUUUGGAAGUUGAAUGCAUGAGUUAUUUGAAGUAAAUGAUUUGUCUACCCAAAGAUGCCAGCCCAGAGACAAGUUUACUGUCAUGUUUGCUAUCUGGGUUAAGUCUGAUGGCCAUCUGAAGUGAAAAUGAAGCAUCAGCCAAGACCACAAGUUUUUCGUCUGUUUGGGAGUCCCUGGAUGCCCCACACUGCCACCUGAUCCUCACGAUGGACGCCCCAAACCUGAACGUCAUCAACGACUACAAGCGGGAGUACCUGUGGCGUCGUGUGGCGCAGACGGCGGCCGGCGGCGCGCGGCUGCGGCUGCCGUUCGCCGCGCCGCUCUACGUGCCGCUGCUGCAGCUGCUGCUGCUGCUGGCGCCGGCGCUGCUGGGCGUGCCGCUGACGCUGCUGCUGCGCGCCCGGCUGGCCGCUCCGCUGGUCGGCGCGGGCGCCGCGCUGCUGUCCCUGACCCUGCAGAUUGUGGGCGUGGUGACGGAGCGCCACUCGGCUGCGCAGAGGGACGUCAAGACCAACAUCCUCGCGCAGGACGAUGAGGUGGUGUUUGAAGGGGUCUGCCACUCGGCCACCUGGGCGUUCAUCAUACCGGCCAAACGGCGGAUGGUGAGUCUGGCGCUACACCCACUGGCUGCGGGUCUGGCCGCUGCAGCCGCCGCCGUGGCCCUCUCCCCAGACACCCUCCCGGCGGUGUCCCGCCACGGUGCCGCUCUGGUGGUGCUUUUCCCGGUGCUGGGCUGGCUCAGCGUCUGCACGGGUCUGUACUCGGUGACAGUGGCGCGGCCCCCCGAACCGGCCACGCUGCGGGCUCUGGAUGACUGGGAGGUGGCCGCUCUGAACCGGCCGCUCCACCUGCUGCUGCUGUCCGCGCCGCUGCUGCUCAUCCAACACGGGUGGCCCUCUCCUACUCCCGACUGGCUGAUCACCUGUGACGUGGUGGCUCGUCUGACGAUGUGCGCGCUGCCGCUGCUCUGGCUGUUCGGGGUCAUCCCGCCGAUGGAUGUGGCCUUCGGGUGGCUCUCAGAACAGACACUGAUUCUGCUGUGCGGCGGCUCUCCCUGUGUGACGCCGUCCCGGUUGGCGCUGCAGCUGCUGCUGGCCGCCGCCCUGGCCGUCCCUCUCUGCUGCCUCCCCGCCGCCGACCGGCUGAUACCCGCCGCAGUGGGAGGCUGCCUGCUCAGCGCAGACGUCGUCGGUCUCCUGCAGUGGCUGUGGUGUGCUGCGGUCGGCCUCUGCCGCCGGCUCCCACCCUCUCUCCCCGGUGGCUGGUGGCGCUCCCUGCUCUACCCCGCCGUCUGCUGCGCGGCAGGCGGUGCGGUGGCCGCCGCGGGUAGCCUCCGCCGUCCGCCGCCAGGGGCGCUGCCGUCGCUGGGCGCCGCGCUGCUGGCGCUGGCCGCUGGCCGAGCGGUGUUUGUGGAACUGCAGCGGGUCUACUGCGCCGGUCUGCUGCGGAACUGCCUGUACCGUCCGGCCGCCGGCCGGGGGGUCAAAGGCGGGGUGCGCGCCGCCGGACUGCGGCUGCAUACACUCGGAGCGCCCCUGCUGCUGACUCUUUUCAUCACGUGGGAGAUCGAGGAGGUGGCGGCGGACCGCCCAUCCCGGGGCUCACCGGAGGACAUUCUGUCCGCCAUGUGUCUGGCACGCUGCUACCGAUGGGUGUGGCAGAACACGGAGGCCGCCCUGCCGGAGACCGCCGUGGUGUUUCUGCUCCGUCUGCUGUGGCCCACUGCUGCCACCUGGCGGCCGGAGUUCGUACUAACGGCCGCCAGCGCCCUGAGGGACCGGCUGACUCAGCUGCGCGGGAAGCUGUACAUGGCGGCCGUGCUGCUCUCGUCGUGGCUGAGCGUGAAGGAGAGGAGACGCGCUCACGUGCUGUUCGCGCUGAACACGGCUCUACUGCCCAUCACGGCCGGCCUGCUGGCGCUCUCCUGUCUGUUCUCCGCCCCCCUCCUCCCCGUCUGCACGCUGCCGCUGUUCGUGGCCACCUUCCCGCGUCGGCCGGCGGGCCGGGUACCGGCGGCGCCCCAGACCGCCGGACCAGACGCCGUAUACUACCAGCAGAUGUCGGCUCCGACCGCAGACGUGCUGGGGAGGGCCGUCUGGGACGGAUGCGCCGGGUUCGUCCAGCCCGGGGACUAUCUGCUGCUCCGGUUUGAAGACCGACUCAUGUGGGUCUAUAUCGCCGAAAUGGGAAACGCAUACAUCUACUUCUGCAUCAAGGGUCUGGAGCUCCAGGAGACCUCCUGUCACGCCGCCGAAGCCACGCGCGUGGACGCCAUCUUCGACUGCGCCUUCGACGAGGAGCGCUCCGCGGAGUCGGUCGGUCCUCUGGCGCCGUUCUGGUUCCAUGCGCUCACACCUCUCACCCAGCUGCACGUGCCGGGGUACUCGGACGCUCGCAGUCAGCUGACGGGAGUGAUCGACAACUCUGCCACUCUGGCGGCUGUGGAGGAGCUGUUCCCCAAGGUGCUGGCCUGGACGCUGGUGCAGCACCUCCUCACCACUGACGCGGUAGCGGAGGAGCAGAAGCUGCUCGCCAAGGCGGUGCAGAGUAGUGACACUGCCGGUGGUAAGAGCGCGGCCCGCGCGGACAGCAUGGAACGCUAUAAGACGGCGCUCAGCUCCCCGGCGCCGCCGGCUCUGCUCGGUGAGGUGGCGGAGUGGUCGGACGGCUCGCAGGGCUCUCUGCUGCUGUUCGAGCCGCAGAAGCCGGCCGGGGUGGCGCUGGGAGCGGCGCCCUGGCUCAGACAGGUGCUGGACGCCGAUGACGGCUCGCCGGGGUCGGACGGAGAGGGUACCGCUCCGCCGCCGCCUCCGCUCGUGUCGAGCACGACUAUCAUGGUCGGCCCGCCGGCCGGCUCUCCGUCUGGGACGGGUGCUCCCGCCUCCCCCCGCCGCUCCACACAGCUGCCGCCGAUACCGACCUCCUCGCGCCCGUCCCCGCCGCGGCGCGCCCCCUCCGGCGCCGGGUCGGUGACCACCACCCCCAGCCGGCGCCCCAGCCGCCUGCGCAGCGGCUCACGGGUAGCCCCGGCGCCCGGCUCCGAGCGGGACACUCCGCCCGGCUCGACCCACGGCUCUGUGACCGCCUCUGUCGGCCGCGUCAGCUCGUCCCGGCGACCCUCCCGCGCCGCCUGGCAGCCUCUGAUACCCUCUGCACCAUCCGUGCCGCCGCCACCGACCGCCGCGGCGCGCCGUAUGACUCCUCCAGCCGUCUGGACCUUAGCAGCACCUCCGCUCAACACCGAGCUGGCCUCCCCAUUCCCUCGUCAGUUCUGGGUGCACACUGUCACCUCGCUACUCGAGAAGGAGGCACAGAUGGCGGCCAAGGGGCAGUCGCUGACAGAGACGGUGGUGGGCGCGGCGGCGACUGACCCGGUGGAGAGUCUGGGAGGGGACGCGGCCGUGGAGAGAGUGAUGGAGAAUCACAGAGUGGUGUGUCAGCUGGUGGACUCGGCGUACCACAGCACCGCCAGACAGCUCCAGGUGGGCUCGUCUCCGGCCCGAGUGCUGUCCCUGUACAAAGAGGGCGGCGCUCCAGACACACCCGCCGGUACCUGGCUGCGAGGGGCGCCGGUGGUCGCCGCACUGGCACGGAGAGCCUACAGGUGGUCUGUGAAGUUGGCGUUGGACUCGAUCCUGCUGGGCGGGUUCGACUCGGACGACGAGCUCCUGGACACGCUGGAGGAGUACAGCACCGACUGGUACAUCGGACUGGACUCGGACCCCGGCUGGCGGCAGGCGGUCCUCCAGCACAAACCGUCACUGUUCUCACUCGGAUAUGACGACUCCAGGAACACGUACACGUCGCACCUGCUGAGUCUGGGCGACCAGACUGUCUCGGUGGGCAGUCUGAGCGCCGAGCUGGUCCGAGGAGUCUGGGCCAGUCUGGCGCUGGAGCUGCUCUACGUCACCAAUGACGAUGAAGAGCGGUACAGCAUUCAGGCGCACCCGAUGAUUCUCCGUAACCUGACUGUUCAGGCGGCCGACCCGCCGCUCGGCUACCCCGUCUUCUCCGGGCCGCCCGUGCGCAGCAGCCACGUGUGAGAACCAGUGAGUGCCACGGGUGAUAUCACGUGUGAUGACAGUCAGCAGCCACGUGUUAUACGCAGCAGCCACCAGUGAGUGCCACGUAUGAUGACCGUCGAAGCCACGAGUGAUGUGAUGACCGUCAGGGCCACGUGUGAUUUCAACGCAGCAGCCACGUGUUGUAUAUUCAUAGCAGCGAGUGAGGACCACCGGGGGAUCACGUAGCCACUUAUAAUGACUGAAGAACCCACGUGAGAUACCUGUCACUGCUACGUGUAAUAGCUACGUGUGAUAUCCACAGCAAACAUAUAUAAUGGCCGUCAUUGGUACGCGUGGUGAUUGAAGAAGUCACGCACGAAGACAGUCAGUGCCACGUGUUAUAUGACCACAUCAGUCGCGUGUGAUAGCACCAGGGCACCUCUAUGUGUUGUUCAGCUCACUCAGGCGUCCUUCGUGAUACCGUCCGUGACUUUAGGUGACGUGUCAUACUCAGAACUUGUAAUGACCACUAGUUGUGAUUAUGUAAGAUCUCCACUAUUGUGAUGGCAUGAUACAGGUAAAGAGCAGCGGGGAAGGAUUGAUGCAGCCACUGCGACGCACGGGUUUUUCCACGUGCACACUUUGUGACUUCACACGCGACGCUUCUCACAUUGUUUCUGUAUGAUUCACUCGCAGGUAAUAUGGUGACGCUGUUGAGCACUAAUGCGCCUAUGGUACUGCUGGGAACAAGUAUUGAUCCGAGACCGGCCAGUCGCUAGUCGUGCACUUGUUGAUGUUCGUAACAAAACACGCCCGUUUGAUCUCAAAUGUUGUCAGGGCUAAAGCCGUGUGAGGGGAGCCCGAAUUACACAUCAAUUAGUGCACCGUCCACAUGAUACAAUGACGUCAUGACGUUCGCAGUUGGUACACGUCACGCCUGAUGACGUCAUAACUCUGUACACGUCGGUUGAUGUUCGUCAGCACAGCUACUAAAUGUCUGUUCACGGAAAUUUCGAUAGCGCUCGGCUAGUCGUUAUGUAAAAAGGGCUUGCUGUUCGUGAUAUUUUUACAAUAAGCGCUACAGAUUAAAAUUGUUGAGAAAUUGUUGGCUACCGCUUAUUGUCAAUAAGCUAUGAUUACUGAAGUUGAGUGUGUAAACUUCGCAUAUCACGCAUAUAUCGCAUAUCGUGAGCGGGCGAUACUUGUGGACUUUAUAGUUUUGUGAUCGUGUAAAUUGCUAGCGCUCGCCGUUCAUACGAAAACAGAAACCUACAGUGAUAUUACCGUCCAAUGGUUUCUACAACUUGGUGACAUGUAGAACUAGUUGGUGCAGUUAGCUCUAGUCUGUUGGUGUUUGCACGCAUGCACAAAGUGAUACCUCUGUACAAACGAGCGCCAUUCCGCCCGCGGCGGUCCGCUAACGUCUCUUGUUCUGCGCUGAUCUGAGCUGUUGUGUUCACUCGUGGCACGGGCUGACCAAUAAGCGCACAUUCGAUAAUGAUGUAAAUAAUAAACCAAAUUAUUACAAAUGCAUUCAAAUAUAUUCAAAAAGACACACAAAGCUUUCGGUUCAUAGAACCUUGAUCACUGUGCAAAUGAGUAUAACAAUCGCUGUAACCGUCUAAAAAUUCUUUGAAAUUAAUCAGCCGCGUGUUUUCUUCUUCUGCUGGUCUACCACCGAUUUUGCUGCCAUUGACGA